AUGGGUGCCGCGAGGAUCUCACGUCUGCGCUGGACAGUUCCACCUGCUGCUCUGGCUGCAUACACUGCGGGGGAGUGGAGUCGACGUCUACCACAGAGCAAUCCCUUCACUACCACAUCUGCUUGGUACGAGACCAAUUCCGACUCAAAGACUGAUUCAUCCCAUGAGAAGGGUAGCCCCGAACACAAUGAUCAAGAUUCCGUAUGGUUCAAACUCGCACAGAAGCUCGAUAAUGUCAAACAUACUGUUGGAGCUGGAGCUUGGGGAGACCUGGGGGGUAACAUUACCGAGUAUAUCGUCCCCGAUUGGGCUCGAUUGCUGCCGGCUACAGCCCAGAAGCUCCAGAGAGAGCUCUCCAUGGCCCCGGGCUCACUCGCCGAUGAAAUUUGGAAGGAGUCGCAUGAUCCAGACCUCAAUCCGGAAAUUUUGAGAGAGGCUCAGGUGCGAGUGAGCGGCGAUCUGUGCCACGAGGAGCUUGCAUUCAGGAAGAAGCGCCAACAACACGCGAGGAAAGCUUUGGCCUCAUAUUUGAAUAUACCCGAGGAGGAGAUCCAUCCCGAUGAUGUCCCGGUUAUUGCCAUGUGCGGCUCUGGUGGUGGGCUACGCGCCCUGGUUGCCGGGACUGGGUCAUACCUGGCUGCCCAGCAAGCUGGCCUGUGGGAUUGUGUUACCUACACGGCCGGGGUUAGUGGUAGUUGCUGGCUGCAGACGCUCUAUCACUCUUCUCUCGCCGACGGGGACUUUGAUCGCCUCGUUGAUCACUUGAAAAAUCGACUGGGUGUUCAUAUUGCCUUUCCGCCAGCCGCGCUCAAUCUGCUGACCACUGCACCCACCAACAAGUUUCUACUCCGCGGCUUGGUCGAGAAGCUCAAGGCAGACCCGGGCGCCGACUUUGGUUUGGUGGAUAUCUAUGGUAUGCUGCUUGCAGGACGACUCUUGGUUCCCCGUGGAGAGCUCGGCGUGUGCGAUCGGGAUCUCAAGAUCUCCAACCAGCAAACCAAUCUGUUGAAUGGCGAACAUCCCAUGCCCAUCUACACGGCAGUGCGUCAUGAGAUUCCUCUAUUGGCUGAAAAGGCCCGAGACGAUGAGCAUCAAAAGCCAGAAGACUUGAUGAAAGAAGCUAAGAAAGAGUCUUGGUUCCAGUGGUUUGAAUUUACUCCGUACGAAUUCUUCUGUGAGGAACUCAACGCUGGCAUUCCUACUUGGGCAUUGGGGCGGCACUUCCACGGAGGGCGUAAUGAGACGCCUUCCCAGACCUAUCCCAUCCCAGAGCUGCGGGUUCCCGGGUUGAUGGGAAUCUGGGGCAGUGCGUUCUGCGCAACUCUUUCUCACUACUACAAAGAGGUUCGACCCUUGGUCAAGGGCCUUGCUGGGUUUGGUGGAAUCGAUACUCUUAUCCAGGGCAAGAAUGAAGACCUCAUUCGAGUGCACCCCAUCGACCCUGCUGCCAUUCCUAACUACGUCAUGGGUAUGAAAGAACAACUCCCCGCCUCUUGUCCAGAGUCUAUCUUCCAGGACAAGCACUUGCGGCUGAUGGAUGCCGGAAUGAGCAACAAUCUGCCUAUUUACCCGCUGAUUCGUCCCGGCCGGGAUGUGGAUGUUAUUGUCGCCUUCGAUGCCUCCGCCGACAUCAAGCAAGAAAACUGGCUUUCCGUCGUAGACGGAUAUGCGCGACAGCGGGGCAUCAAAGGCUGGCCCGUCGGUGCAGGCUGGCCUCAAGCAACCGAGACCCUCGCGGAGACGGAACAGGCCCUGCGUGAGCCCCAGAACAUCACAGAUGAGCAAGCCAACCAGAAGAUUGCCGAAUCUCGAAACCACCAGGAGAAUGCAUCGAACAAUAAGAAGAAGAACUCCACUAGUGCUGCAGAUUCGGACCUUGGAUACUGCAACGUCUGGGUCGGCACUCAAGAGGAGCGCAUCUCCAAGGACGAACCCCCACCUUCAAAGCGUCUUUUCCACCCUGACAAGAGCGAAGACCACUCAGAGUCCGACUUCCACCUAAUGAGACCCGAGGCUGGUAUCGCCGUGGUCUACUUCCCCCUCAUUCCCAACCCUGAUGCUCCAAAUCUUCCUCCAACCCCCAAGACUCGACCCCUCGCAGCUAUCCAUUCCAUUCAACAAGCCCAAAAUCAGACCCAAGAUAACGCCGACCCGAUCGUCCCCCAACCUAGUACCAUCGAUCCCGAUGUGGACGAUUUCCUGUCCACGUGGAACUUUAUCUAUACGCCCGAGCAGAUCGAUUCUGUCGUGGGAUUAGCGAAAGCGAACUUUUCUCAGGGCGAAGAUCAGGUUCGUCGGGUGGUGCGUGCGGUUUAUGAGCGGAAGAAGUCCGAUCGGUUGCGCAGGGAGGAAGAGGAGUCCAGGAAACGCAUGGAAGGGUUUGUCCCGCUGUAG